UCUGGUUGCCGCAGAACUGUUAAGGUAGCCGUUGAGGGCAACAUUGGAUGUGGAAAGUCAACAUUUUUACGGUAUUUUGAGGGCAUUUCCCCCAAAAUCCAGAUCUCACCUGAACCGAUUGAAAAAUGGAAUGACGUGAAGGGAUAUAAAUUAUUCGAAGUCUUUUAUGGAAACCCAACAAAAUGGAGUACACCAUUCCAGAGUCAGGUUAUGGUCACUUUACUAAACCGACAGGCGGAACAGCAGGUAAUUCGUCACAAGCAAAUGUCCGAUGGAGACUUAGCCGUUGUUGACAAGUACUACGAAUGGGGCAAGAAGUUGCCCUGCUGCAAGUUGGAUCUCAUUGGUACGUUUACGUGCAAUCUCCCUUCUGAUUGGCUCGGCCGAUUACGUCACUAUGACUUCAUGCUUCAGUGCCUACGUCUUGUCGUUUUCUUAGUUUACCUCCGGUGUUCUCCCGAAGUCUGUGCCGAGAGGAUCCGCAAACGCGACCGCAAGGGCGAAAGCAGCAUCUCCAUGGACUACCUACAUCAACUGCAUGACCUCCAUGAAGACUGGUUGCUGCGUGGCAAAUCGGAGCCCGUGGAAGCCCCCGUGUUGGUAUUCGACUGUGAUGAACCGCUGGAGAUUCUGACAAAUGUUUACUACGAGAGGCGAUCGCAGGUACUCUGUGGUGUGCCUGUUUAG